AUUAAUUAACGUAGUUGAUAAGGCAACAAAAAUAUCGCACCCUCUAAAACCCGAAUAGUUCAUACAUAGUUGUUAGUGUGUGUUAGGGUUUUGGGAUCACUGAGAAUUCUUUUUUGAAAUUCUUGCGCUGCAAUGGACGUUGAAAUCGAAGAAAUUUCUUCUCUUGAUGAUUCUGUCAAGGUUAAAGACAAUAAGGAGGCUAUUACUAAGGAUACUCCACAUACUGUAGCUGGGUCCACAUCUGGAUCUUUAGACUCUGGCAAUAACAACAGUUCCAAUUCAGACCUCACAUUUCAUGAAGAUCAGAAUGAUGGAGAUGAAGGGAUGGAUGAUGAAUGCGAUGAUGUGUCAAACUAUGAUGAUGACGAUGACUAUAUGUAUUACGACAAUGAUGAUAAGGAUGAAUGUGAUUACUUGAGUAUGCAGGCACAAUUUGAUAAUGUUGAUUUGCCUGCUGGAGUUGAGGCAACAGUUUCUUGGUUAAAUGAACCUGCUCCCAGUUCAAAAGCGUCUUCCCAAUUUAGCUCUUCGACUCAUCUAGCAGGUGCUCAGACAUCAAAUUCCGCACUUCUUGAGCAUGCAAGUAGUAGUUUUGCUCAGGUCCCUGCUUCAAGCAGUUCUCUGGUGUCUGGAGGGUCAAAUUCUCGUGGAAAGGAAGAGGCAACUGAAGAUGAACUCAUGAAAAAGUAUCAAAGUUUUAAGCAUUUUGAUGUGGUAGAGGACUUCUCAGAUCAUCAUUACAGUAACUUGGGCGUCCAGGGACAACAGCCACCUAAGGCCUGGAGUAAGAAAGUUCAGGAUGAGUGGAAAAUAUUGGAAAAUGAUUUACCUGAUACAAUAUAUGUAAGGGUCUACGAAGCUAGGAUGGAUCUCCUUAGGGCUGUCAUCAUUGGACCUCAAGGCACUCCAUACCAUGAUGGUCUCUUUGUCUUUGAUGUCCUGUUCCCUCAAAAUUACCCUGAUGUGCCACCAAUGGUGUACUACUACUCUGGUGGUUUGAGACUGAAUCCCAACUUGUAUGAUUGUGGAAAAGUCUGUCUCAGUCUUCUGAACACUUGGACUGGUCAAGGUAACGAAAGGUGGAUGCCCAAGACAUCGACCAUGUUGCAAGUCUUGGUUUCCAUACAAGCUCUAAUUUUGAAUUCAAAGCCUUUCUUUAAUGAGCCUGGAUAUGAAACUUCAUAUCCUGGACCUGAGGGAAAGAGGAGAUCUAACGCUUACAAUGAAGAUGUUUUUAUUCUAUCUUUGAAAACAAUGACAUACACAUUGAGGAGGCCACCAAAGCAUUUUGAAGACCUUGUCAUAGGUCAUUUCCGUUGCCAUGCUGUAGACAUUCUCUCUGCCUGCGAGGCAUAUAUAGAAGGAGCUCCAGUUGGUUCUGUGGUCAAGGGAAUAGUCCAGGGUGCUAGUACAACUGCAGACAGGAGCUCAUCAACAUUCAAAGAAUCAGUAUCCAGAAUGAAGAAUGGUCUUAUAUCCCUUUUCACUAAGAAUGGUGCCAAGGAUUGUGACCGGUUUCGUGCCUAAGCCUCUUUUGAUAUGAAAAUCUCACGAUGCGUUUGCAGAAUGGUCCAUUUUUGACUGCUUGAUUUACUCCACUCACAAUUUCGUGUACAUAGAAACUCUAAUUUUUGAAUGUAGAUAAAACCAGAUACCUUUGUGCUGCUGCAGUAGGAGUUUGGCUUAUUGUAGGUGGAAAGUAAAUUGCAGCGGGAACUAUAGCUUAUUCUGGACAAUUAUUUAGAUAAAAUUGAUCAUACUAUCGUAAUAUUUCAGAGAACAUAAUGUCUAUUUCUUUCCCAAA